AUGCCAGCCAUGCAAUUUUCUAUGCCCACGGCUGUAGAGCGCGUGCCAGAGUCUUCAACAGCUAAUGGUGACCAGGAGCAGGAGCAAGAGGAGGCCCUGCUGCGUCUAGCCGCUCGUAUGAAGCAAAAUGUGGCUACGGGAGAUCGUCGACGUCACAUUUUCAAGCGAUAUCGAGACUGUUUUACUGGCAUGGAAGCUGUCGACUGGAUGCUCGAGCAAAUGGAGGCCAAGAGCGUAGCUGAGGCUGUGCGCAAAGGCCAAGGUUUGCUGUCUCAUCAUUACAUCGAAAAGGUAGAGAAGGAGACAAAGUUCGAAUACAAUAAGAAACGUUUUUAUCGCUUCACGGCCACGACACCAGAAUUCGUGCAAGCAGUUGAGCGCCCAUUGCCGUGCGCUACGCUUGACUUGCCGCUGAGUGCUGCGGCGAGGCGACGCGCGCUUGCGGCGUUGAUUGGUGGCUUUGUGGCAGAUGCGGCUUCCACAUCCCUUAACGGUGUCUCACACCCAGAAAAGACCAUUCCUAAUUUGUUGCGUCUCGACUUCGAUCCUGCGUUCUGCGGCCUGUACGACACAGCUGAUGACGGUGACAAGAAAGGAAGUUGUACAAGGAUGGAGUCAUCCACGGGUUUUGAAGCUCGCAUUCUACUGCAAUGCAUUGCGCGACGUGGACAUAUCCACGGCUCACAACUGGCAAAGGACGCAUUUUGGGGUUUUAAGAACGACCAUCGGCUGCUAAGUGCGUCGUCAAGAGCGUUUAUCAAACGCGUGAAUUCUGGCAAGAGCUGGCCGCACUGUGCCGUCAAAUGUCGGUCAAUCGAUGUUCUGUCACUGAUCCCCAUUGUCGUAGCGCUCUAUGCCGGUACAAAUCAGCUAUUUACUAAAGUAGACGAGCUAGUCAAAGUAUUCUACGUCGGCACUCGUGUUCGCGAUGCUGCCCUUGUGGCAGCUUUUGUUCUAGAGCAGGUGAUACUUGGAGCGUCUGUGCUUCAGGCCAUGCGCAUGAGCAUUCGUACCGAACGAUUGAGUGUAAAGCAGCGCAAGGUUAUCUUCAAAGCUUUUACAAAGUCACAGUUGCCGAGUUACGAGGCUAUUCAGACAUUUGGUAACCGCGGCUCAUUACCCGGUGGCUUCCACGCUGUAUUGCAACCGCUCUUCGUACUGAACGACUAUCCCACUGCCGUUCGUGAAAACAUCAUCGGAGGUGGACGUACUUGCCGUCGAGCCAUGUUCAUAGGUGCUUGCUUCGCUGCGCAAGACGGUUUACAAGCAAUCCCAGAAGGCUGGAUUCAAAAAACUCAAUACUUCGACUUUAUCGAAGCCGAUGCGAGCUCUUUAGUUGGUCGCCGUGAGGUCCAAGGCUCGUUUACCGACGACGACGAAGAAGAUCGUCUUGCCGCGUACGGUGACUGUGCCCCAAGGUCAUCCGUGUCUUCUUCAUCUCGUCACCUGGAGCGUCCUGACCUAUCUCGCCGUAGCAGCAACAUUCUCGUUGCGCCCACGUCGAAUGUUGACGAUCAAAUGGCGGACAUUGCAUCCGAUUUACCGCCUGAGGGCUUGCCGUCCUCGCAUCGCCGCUCAUCGAAUCUGAUUCGUCACCGUUCGAACAGCUACGCGUCUUCUGGAGGUCUGUCGUCUCCGCGUUCAUGCGCUUCCAACUUUUCAUAUGCUUCGCAGAACACUACCGCCUCUAGUGUGCGUUCAGUUAUCGAUUUAGGCGAUAUGGACAAAUUUUACCAAAGUGGUGUAGGCAACACGCUUUCAUCAUCGACUACGCCAAGCUCGAGCAGUGAUGCUGGCGGCCAGUUAAGUUUCGAGAUGCAAAAGUUUUUCCAAGCUUAUGGUGCAGCUGCUGUGUCUCGUGGUUCGCACGCAUCUAUUGGAGGAAGUCGGUCGUACGGCAGUGGCUCAUCAACAGUACGAUCAAGUGACCUGGCACACCUGCGACCGAGUGACAUGGGCUCGUAUUUUCGUCAAAGUUCUGCGUCCGUGCGACGCAGCGGAAGUGACCCUCGUAAAAAUUACCGGCAUAGCUACGUCGCAAACUCGCGUCGCAGCGAAAACAACCUUCAGUACAGCCAUCAGCCUCGAUAUUCUGGCAAAGUCUCCCGCGUUAGCGAAUCUAGCGCCUUCUAUCGCCGGUCCUCAGCUACAAUUUCGUACGUUCCCGAGGCAGAGCGAUCUGAAGAUGUUGUGCUAGCUCACCGCAUGUCGCUCGACGACGACCAACGCGUGAGUCUGCACGCUAUCCUCUAG